AUGACAGCUGGAAGACCACAUCUCCGGCAGAUUCACCUUGGCAAGCGCGUGGAGACGACGCAGCUCGCCCCCGCAGACCGCAGAGCCAUCAUCGCACAGCUCCGCACCGAGGUCGACAACUGGUAUGCGAGCGGGUGCCUGUCGCCCAUGAACUCGGACAAUGUGUCCACCCACAGCAGCAUCACAUGGGUCUCGGCCCGCUACUACCAUGUCCUGCCCCUGCUGUACUAUCCGAACCACUUCAACGCGACGUCGGGGGCCGUGACGCGAGGCGAAUUGCUGGGCUUUGCCCGGCGAGAGCUCCAAAGCACAUCGGCCGUCUUCCAGCAGCGGCAGCUGCCCCUCAACAAGGUGGCCCUCACGCGUCUCCUACCCGUCACGCUCGUCUUGAUGCAUGACUACGCAGCCAGCUGCCAGGAGGCGGCGGCAGCCACACCGGAUCCAUCCACAGGCGGCGACUAUAGCAGCACAUCCCUGCCCUACACGGCGCGGGACGAAGUCUCCGUCCUCAUGUCGAUCCUCGAGGGCUUCCCCGAAUCAUGGCUCCUCGCGCACCAGGCGGCGCAGGUCGUCCAUCAGUUCGCGAGCGUCAUCGCGAGGGGCAUCAGGGUCGACGGCGACGGCUCCGAUUUCGGGGCCCAGCCCAUCAAAUACUCGCUGACCACGCCCAACCCCAUGCCACGCGGUGGUGUCAAGGACCGCGUCGCGGAGAUGGUGAGGCCCUGCAUCACGGGGUUCACAAGUGUGAUGAAGCAGAUGCUGGGGCCCACAACGUGCUCCCAGUACAUUGAGUAUCCCAGGGGCGACACGACAGGCCAGUCCAAAAGCGGGGUGGGGCAGCAGCGACAGCAGCAGCAGUAUCAGGAGCCCCUGCUGAGCCCAGUGCCGCCGCAGAGCAGUACGAUGAGCGUGCCCCAGCUGGGCGGUGCGAUGAGCGAGGAUGCUGUGGUGAAUUUCGGGUGGGGAGAUUUCAUCGGCUAUCCCGUGCCCCGGGAGGGGCCCAGGGCCGAGUAUGAAAAGGCCCCCGAGAACAACCCCGUUCUGAGGGGGGCGGCGCUCACCGUUGCCGCGAACAUCAUCUCGUACGUCCCUGGUGUCGCCAGUCUGUUGUGGAACAAUGCUGGCUUCGGCACGCUCAAGAACCUGCCGGAGCUGGAUGAGAUGCCAUAUCGAUUCCACCCCAUCGUCACGCCCCUGGGGGAUAGCAAGAUGCUCCCCAUUGACGCCUCUCUUACCGAGGCAAAGAGCACCUUCACACCGAGCUCACCGUCAAAGUACUAUACAGCCGCCGACUACCACGCCAUGUACCAGUCUGGCGCCAUCACACCCCUCCAGGUUGCAGAGACCCUGAUUCCCCUCACCAAGAAAGGGGUCUACGCCGAUGCGUGGGCAGACACCCAUGGAAAAGACCACAUCGCGCUGGAAGCAGCCAAGGCAUCUACGGAGCGCUACGCAGCGGGCAAGGACCUUGGCGUACUCGACGGUGUGCCCAUCGGCGUCAAGGACGACCUCGACAUCAAAGGCAUGGUGAGCCACGUCGGCAUGAAGUACCGACCCAAUGUCAAGUUCUUCGAGCCGAGGGACAGAACCGAGUGGUUCCUCGAGAAGCUGGCCGAGGCGGGUGCCGUCUUCAUCGGGCGGAACAAGAUGCACGAGCUGGGCAUGGACACCAACGGUCUGAAUAUCGCCCAAGGCACCCCUACGAACCACUUCAACAACGCAUACUACCCAGGUGCAUCGACCUCUGGUGGCGGAUCCGCCCUCGGCGCGGGCAUCAUCCCCAUCGCCAUCGGCUCCGACGCGGGAGGCAGUAUUCGUCUGCCCUCUGCCUUCAACAGCAUGUACGGCUUGAAGACCUCGCACCACCGCAUGGGCUACUACAACAUGUCUACCUGUGUGCGCGGGCCCCUCGCCGCCUCAGCCGCCGACCUGACCAUUGCGUACCGACUCAUGUCCCAGCCGAAUCUGGAUGAUCCGGCCCAGAUGCACUAUGGCGCAUCCCAACUGCCCAAGCCGGGUAGCAAGCGUGUCAUGGGCAUCUACCGCGACUGGUGGAGCGCCGGUGAUCCCGAGGUCGUCAGGCUCUGCGAAAAGGCCAUUGACUACUUUGCGACGCAGCGCGGGUACGAGGUCGUCGACAUCUCGCUCCCCCUCAUGGGCGAGGCCCGCGUAGCCCACGCCAUGCUGUGCGUCGCAGAGACAUAUGAGACGACGCGUCGCAAGACGCCCGACCAGCCCAAGACGGGGUGGAUGGGCCUCGUGGGCACGGUGAACAGACUGCUCAUGAGCGUGGCGUCCGUGACCCGCGCCAACGACUACCUCAAGGCGAACGCCCUGCGCGAGCUGAUGAUGCGCCAUCUGGCGUGGCUCUGGCAGCAGCACCCCGGCAUGCUCAUCAUGACUCCCACCAGUCCCAUGAUCGGCUGGCCUCGCCACCCAGGCGACGAGGGUGGCUUGAGCGAUACCAACACCACCGUGAAGAACAUGAUGUACAUCUUCCUGGCCAACCUGACGGGGACGCCCGCUGUGCAGGCCCCCGUGGGCUACGCCGAGCCGAAGCAAGGUACGGGCAAGCUACCGGUCGGUAUCCAGGCCAUGGGGGAGUGGGGGGCCGAGGAGCAGCUGCUGGAGUUUGCCAGGGAAGCGCAGGAGUACCUUGAGGAGGUAUACGAUGGCGGCCGACGCAGGCCGGAGACCUGGUUCGAUGUAUUGGGCGAGACGAAGAAGGCGUUCAAGAAGGUCGUGUAG